CAGGGUGGGCGGGGGCAGGAGAGUUGAGGAACACACUGUAUUGACAGCGGCUGUCUCCACUAUUCCGCUUGGAGGACAACAGAAAGUGAGACGUAGGGAGGCUCGUGUUCACCUGGAUUACGCGGAGAAGGAACUUCUGGCUGUCGAGUUGGAGGAGGCGGAUGAGUGCAGCAGCCCCCGGGGGCGAGUGUGUGUGUGUGUGUGAGUGUGUGUGAGUGCUGCGGCGGGCUCCGUUUAGCGAAAGAUGAACAAAAACCACCGAGUGCCGAGCAACCGAUCUCUGAGCGCCGUGGAGGUGAAGAGCAAGUUUGGAGCAGAGUUCCGGCGAUUCUCUCUUGACCGCUCCAAACCAGGCCGCUUCGAUGAGUUCUACGGUCUUCUGCAGCAUGUGCACCGUAUCCCCAACGUGGAGCUGCUGGUGGGCUACGCCGACAUCCAUGGAGACCUGUUGCCAAUUAACAAUGACGACAACUACCACAAGGCUAUCACCACGGCGACGCCCCUGCUCCGCCUCUUCUUGCAGAGAAAAGAGGAGGCGGACUACUCCACAUUUGGCACCAACUCUUUGACGCGCAAGAAACCUCCCCUUGCUGCAGUGCUCCUGCGCCCUGAUGCAGGCAGGAAGAAGCCAGCAGUAGUCAUUAGCCUUCCCCGAGACUUCCGUCCCGUCUCGUCCAUUAUCGACGUGGACGUCUUGCCUGAGACACACCGGCGAGUGCGCCUUUACAAACACGGCCAGGAAAAGCCGCUGGGCUUCUACAUCCGAGACGGCUCGAGUGUGCGUGUCACGCCGCACGGCCUGGAGAAAGCACCAGGCAUCUUUAUCUCACGCCUGGUGCCCGGCGGCCUUGCCGAGAGCACGGGGCUGCUUGCUGUCAAUGACGAGGUGCUUGAGGUCAACGGUAUCGAGGUGGCCGGGAAGUCUCUGGACCAGGUCACAGACAUGAUGAUCGCAAACAGCCACAACCUCAUCAUUACGGUGAAGCCAGCUAACCAGCGCAACAACGUGGUGCGCCACAACAACGGUGGAGCUGCAUCAGGCAGCUCGGGUCGAUCCUCCGAUAGCGGAGCCAGCUACUACAGCUACACGACCCCAGGUGCCGUGGCGACAACCCCUGCGCACAUCAUCCAGAACUUCCAUCCUGAGGAAGUAGACAGCGAUGAGGAUGAAGAAGACUUGGUGAUCGAGGCAGGUGGUGAUAGCAGGCUCGCGCCCGCGUCAGGGACAGAAACUAGCUCCAGCAUGUCCACCCUGCCCAGAUACAAGCCUCAUUUUGACCUCCGAAAUUCCAAUGGGACCUUUGAGCCUUCUGUUAUGAGCAGUACCAGCUCAGGGUCACCGAGGGGCCCCGAUAGAGGUGUGCAGACGCGGAGCCUGGAAGAGGACGGCACAGUGAUCACACUCUAGAGACAAUAGAUACACAGAGACAUCAACAACAGACACACACAGCUGACAUUUACACACUCGAUAUGCUGUAUAUAUGCAGUAUAUAAAAAUGAUCCUAACCCCAUUAUCCUCACAUAGGCAAUUAUUCACAAACACAAUAUAUAAUUUACAGACAUACACCCCAACAUAGUCAGCAACAACAUUGCCACACCAACAGACAUACACACCAACAUUGUCUCUCGUGCCAUAGGACUAACUCAGUGACUGUCUCUACUCUGUAAGAUGACUGAAUCUACUCCUUUAAAAAGAGCAUCUCUUUUUUUGGAAAGGUGCUUCAGAAACUCCACAACACAGCACUUCUCUUUAAGCACAGAUCUUUUUUUUCCUGCUGGAGGGCCUUCUACACGCUUCCCUCCAUAACUAGGAGCACAAUAAUAAGUAAUGGAUUAGACUUGAUGAGUGUGAACUUAGGGAUAAUUGCACAUGUUUGCAGGUUUUUCCUGCCUGUGGAACUACAAAGACAGAACUCUCUGAGACACAAUAUCAGUGAUGACAAUCUGUUUUAAUGCUCUCUCUGGAGUCAUGUGACUCUGGGAUCUGAACCACAAACAAAUUUCAAUGACUUUUGCGCUUCACAAAUAGCACAGUAAAUGCUCUACGGUUACACUGUUAAUUGAGGAGGAAGCUGUAUGACACUAGUUCAACUGUCAUGUUUGCUUCCUGGUGUGCUUUGUCAAGUUUUUAUUGAACAAUGACUAAAUUUAGGAUGCUUCUAAAUUUUUCUGUGUACAAGCAAAUUAGCUUUUACCUACAUUGAUUGGGAGAUUUACUAGGCCUGUAGUGGGCCACUGCUAAUGCUUUUAAUCAUUGCCAAGGACCCAAAAAAAUCAUAUUUUUGUAGCAGAUAUUUUAAUUUUUUUUUACCCUUUAUGUUUAUGACAAGGGCUGUCUCCCUGCUCUGUGGCAUGUGAUUUAUGUGAUGUGUUUUUCCUUAAAGAUGUAAACAACACCAGAACCUGAUACAUUGUUGAUAACGAACAUCGCAGAUAACGAACACAUCCACUCAUUUUUACUGUACACUCUGAAGUGAAGUGUUUCAUGUAUGAGGAGUGUGUUAAUGCCCUCUUGGAUUAAUACACAGUUCGGGCUAUUAGAUAUACCAUGGUUUUAAACCAUCCCCACCCAACCAAUAGUGGUACAUAGAUACAGGCUGCAGAAGGAGCACUUUUGUAACAACCUUUUUCCAGGUGACGUGCUGUGACUUGUCAGGGGAUGAACUUUGAACUGAGGUCUGACCCACAGUAGAUCACCAUUGAGCCUUUCUGUAGUUACAACUGAAGCAAUGUAGAUAUGAACACGGGUAGUGGUUUGUAGGCCUAUGUGAUGUAGGCAUUGGCUGCAUUAUUCUUAUCUAAUAAAGAUAUGCUCCACAAAGGCACCUUCUAUCAUGAAAAACACACACCUGUACUUGUUUUCCAUCCCUGACUCACCUUCUCAAAUGUUGCACUGCUUGGUGCUAAGGCAAGAGUCUCCCAACAUCUAGGUGGACAAUAAUGACUGAGUAUGUUUCCUCUAAUGCUUCUGACACUCUAUGGCUUAUGUAUAAAUGUCUAUAAAUGAGCCUACACCAUAAAAAAACGAUUAACCUACUACCCGGAUACACUGCUUCAAGUUAACAUUAUUAUUGCUGAUACAUUUGCAUUAAAUCUGUAUGGAUGGCCCUUUUGUAUACUCAAAGGCAAUAUAAUAAAAACACUAGAUUUUAUAUUAAUGGAUGUACUGAAUAUACAUCUUGAAUGUGAUGAUAUUUUGAUAGACUGCUGUGCCUCAUGUACUCUUAACCAGUGUUCUUGGAUCUUUAUCCAUAGUGUAGUACAUGUAGCUUUAUCCUUCUCUCUUGUACUCUGAUGAGAAUCAAAAACACUGGAUGACUGUGACCAGAACGCAUUCCUAUCCACUUUCUUCCCCUCAUACAUAGACACUUUAAUACACUCGCCAUUACAAAGGCUUGUUAUGGUACAUAUACUGUAGUAUGACAGGGUUGUCCUCUUAUCCUAGAAUUCCAAGCUGUUCUUCAUUAAAACAGGCUCAAAUGGCUUGUAGGGAGCAUUGUUAAUUUAUUUUUUUUGCUAACCACUACACUACACUACGCUUGGGAUUGUAACCACAGUGACUGUAUUUAUUUUCUAAUCAACUCUGAUUUUUUCUCUCUCUCUUCUAGUGUUUAGCGUACAUGUAUCUCUUUUCUUUCUUCACAGAGUAUCAUCUCCAUAAACAGAGUUUGGGGCCACUUUUUAUUUUUAUUUUUUUUAAUAGGCUUAUAUUUGUUAUAGUGCAUAUAUUGAAGAUAACAUGCUGUUUUCCAUACUGUGAAUUUAUUUCAUUUCUGGAGGAGACCUGAAUGAAUCGGAGACCACCUACUAAUGGGCUUUUUUUGUGUGUGUCAACUCCUUUUGUUUCUUUUUGAUAAUGAGCAAUGAUUAUUUUGCUUGCUAGAUAAAUCCUAAGGUAUAGAUUUGUACUGAAAUGACCAGUAUUUUCAUAAUGCUAUAUACUGUAAAUUUGUAUCACAUUAAUUAAACUGUUUAAAAGGAUAUAUACUAUAUUAAGACAUAGGUGCACAUGUAUACAUUAGUCUACAGGCUGGAUGAAAUAAACUAAUGUGUAGAAAUGGC